GCCACCGCCUCGCUCCUCCAGCGGCCCCGCGGCCCCUGCGCUCGCGUGCGCGCGCGCGCGCUUGCCUGUUUCCUGCUGCCACGGCCUGGGCUCCGGCCAUGGCGACCUGCUUUCAGCUGCGGGGCUGCGGGGCCCAGCGCCUCUCGCUGUUGCCUCUCGGCCGCGGUCCCUGUCCCUGCGCCGGCUAUCUGGGACUCUCUACGCAGCCCAAGCCGGGCUUGGCCCUGCUCCGCGGCUAUGCCCAGGGCCCGGCGGGCCUCCCCCCAGCGCUGCUGCGCACCGAUGGCUUCGUGGGCGGACGCUGGCUCCCAGCCCGCGCUGUCUUCCCGGUGUACGACCCAGCCAGCGGCGCCGAGCUGGGCAAAGUGGCCGACUGCGGAGCGCCCGAGGCCCGCGCCGCCGUGCGCGCCGCCUACGAGGCUUUCUGCAGCUGGAGGGAGGUCUCGGCCAAGGAGAGGAGUUCAUUACUUCGGAAAUGGUAUGAUUUAAUGAUAAAAAAUAAGGAAGACCUUGCCAAGAUAAUCACAGCUGAAAAUGGAAAGCCGCUGAAGGAGGCCCAGGGAGAAAUUCUCUAUUCUGCCCUUUUCCUAGAAUGGUUUUCAGAGGAAGCCCGCCGCAUAUAUGGAGACAUCAUCUAUACCCCAGCGAAAGAUAAGAGGAGCCUGGUCCUCAAGCAGCCUGUGGGUGUGGCCACAGUCAUCACCCCGUGGAAUUUUCCCAGCGCCAUGAUUACCCGGAAGGUGGGGGCUGCCCUGGCAGCUGGCUGUACUGUAGUGGUGAAACCUGCCGAAGACACUCCCCUCUCCGCCCUGGCCCUGGCCGAGCUUGCCAAGCAGGCUGGAAUUCCUCCAGGUGUAUACAAUGUUGUUCCCUGUUCUAGAAAGAAGGCCAAGGAAGUGGGGGAAGCUCUUUGUACUGAUCCUCUGGUAUCCAAAAUUUCCUUUACUGGCUCAACAGCUACCGGGAAGAUACUGUUGCACUACGCUGCAGACUCUGUGAAAAGAGUUUCCAUGGAGCUUGGCGGCCAUGCUCCAUUCAUUGUAUUUGACAGUGCCAAUGUGGACCAGGCCGUAGCAGGCGCCAUGGCAUCUAAAUUUAGGAACUCUGGACAGACUUGUGUUUGCUCAAACCGUUUUUUGGUGCAAAGGGGUAUUCAUGAUUCCUUUGUGAAAAAAUUGGCUGAAGCAAUUAAGAGAGACCUGCGUGUAGGCAACGGAUUUGAGGAGGGAACUACUCAAGGCCCAUUAAUAAAUGAAAAAGCCAUAGAAAAGGUAGAGAAGCAUGUGAGUGACGCGGUUUCCAAAGGGGCAACCAUUGAGACAGGCGGCAAGCGACAUCGAUUUGGAAAAAAUUUCUUUGAGCCCACCCUGCUCAGCAACGUCACCCGGGACAUGCUUUGCUCUCAUGAGGAGACUUUUGGGCCUCUGGCACCAGUUAUGAAAUUUGACACAGAGGAGGAGGCUGUAGCAAUCGCUAACGCAGCUGACGUUGGUUUAGCAGGUUAUUUUUACUCUCAAGACCCAGCCCAGAUCUGGCGAGUGGCAGAACAGCUGGAAGUUGGCAUGGUUGGAGUUAAUGAAGGAUUGAUUUCCACCGUGGAGUGCCCUUUUGGGGGCGUAAAGCAAUCUGGCCUUGGACGAGAAGGGUCAAAGUAUGGCAUUGAUGAGUAUCUGGAACUCAAGUAUGUGUGCUAUGGGGGCUUAUAGGAUCCUUCAAUCCUCUAAAGUAUAAAAAUAAAAAAACUUACCUACCUAAGUGGGGACAUGCCAUCCAUUAUUUUAGAUAAACUUAACAGGGUCUUCCUGGGUUAUCUGAGUGUAUGAAUGUUUUAGACUCAUCUGGUCCUUGUAAUCUUAGAUGCUCAUUCUGCUCCUCCCAUCACCCAACUAGGGACCAAUAUGUGCCACAUGGUAGUGGCUGCAGACUCCAAGAGAACCAGCACUGGGUUUGUAGAGUGAAGUCCCGGGACCUCCCACAACCCAGACUGCUCCAGAGCAGUGCUUGGCGUGAGGCAGGCAGCCCCUUCUGCCCUGUCACAAGGGCUUGGUUACUGACUAUGCAAUGACCCAACCACCUCUCAUGUGGUUCUGGAGCAUGUGCCCAGGGGGCAGCAUGGCAGAGCCCAAGUAUGACCAAUGGGCUGGUCAGGGGGCACAACAUCCCCUUCCUUCCCUAGCAGUCAGCCAGCUCAGCCCUAAAGACUCAUUGUGUGUCCAGGUCCAGGGUUGUUACAGUGGAGGU